CGCGCAUGCAGGAAGUCCAUGUGGAAGUGGCGAUACCGUCGACUGUUGAGCGUCGGAUGGCAACGGCCCGCUGCUUUUGCCACUUCUCAAUUAUCCCGACGUCUCGUUCCAUUCACAUGGCCGAUAGCCUUCCGCUCUCGUUCCCAGCGCUGUACAGUUGUGCGCAGUCGGCUCGAUCAGGCCCCAAAGUGAUGCCUGGAGUUCCGUUAUCCGCAUGGAGGAAGGACGACCACGUGCUGCGAUGCGGGAUCUGCGCCAAAAAGUUCGGACUUCUCCGCUGGAAACACCACUGCCGAGCCUGUGGAGACGUUUGUUGUCGUCGGUGUCUUGGUUUCUGCUUGGUGGACGUUCCGGAACAAGGUGUCGACUUGGCGUACACAUGUGCUCGUUGUGUCCAGAAGAAUACCAAGCCUACACUUGUCGGAGAUAUCAACUGGCCGUUCCCAGGAGACGUCCAAGGCCCCAGACUCCACGUAAGCAGAUCAGCAGAUUCUCUCGCAACCAUGGCCAUGAGUGACUGCACUCCGUCGCCUUCUACUGCGUCUCCAUGUUCCUUUUCCUGGUCGAUCACACCCACCCCCUCCCCGCCUCAAAGCACUCGUGAGUUCGACGUUGUCGUCAGUCAGUAUCGUAACCAGAAGCUCCACUCGGUCUGCUCGUUGCUUGUCGACUAUCUUGAAUGUGUCGGAGGCGCCAUCGUGCUCGUCCAGGACCACCAUCUCUGGGUCAUCGCACACAAAGGUCUCCAUCCUCGUGUUCUCCACGACCCCACGUUCCUCUCCAUCUGCAGUCGCGCAUUAAGCACUCAAACUGCCUUCACUGUCCCCGAUCCCGCUAAUUUGCCGUCAACUUCGAGCUCCGAUCCCUCUACGUUUCAGUUUUUCGGAGCUUCUCCACUGUUCGAUGUUCGUGAGACUGCUGGUCCAGCACUCGGUUGUAUUGUGGCGCUGGACACUCGUGCGCGUACUUCUGCUGGCGCGUCCAAGAUGGAAGUGACUCUGGAAAACCUGGCGGACCACGUCAUGGAUCUAUUAGCACAAGAAGAGACCAUCUUACGUAUCUACGCGUCGGGAGACUUCAAGAUCUUCGCUUCAGCUGUGUCAGAUACUCGAGGGCCGAGUGGAUCGUUCAGUAGCUCCUCAUCGACAGGAGUGUCGGGCUCUCUCUUCUCGUCCAUGCACACGCGACCUCGUCGUUCCAGCAGCUUCGCGUCCGGUGACGAGUAUUUCUCUCGGAACGCGAAUCUCAAGGGAGACAUAGCGGCAUCCGCAUGUCGUAAAGUUGUCGAAGCUGCCUUCUCUGCUCCCAGUCUCAAGAAGGAGAAGCGACCAGCUCUCGGCAACUCCUGUAACGUAUCAACCUUAAAAGCAGCGUAAACGUCAGCACAGAUCAGCUCCUCAGCGCUGGACUGUUUGAGUAAACUGUGGCAACUCGUAAAUACUAUUAUAACUUGACCAAACAACCA